UGAGUUCAUCUCGUGCGCUACGACCAAGUCAUCCUAUUGCUGGCCCAUCAUGAACGUGCACAAACCAUCCGGAGAAAGAGACUAUAUGUCCAUUGCAGAUCAUGGAUUAAUCGGUAAUCUGAGGACCGCAGCACUAGUCAGCGUAGAUGGGUCUAUUGAAAGUUACUGUAUCCCGAAUUUCGACUCUCCAUCUGUAUUCGCUCGAAUUCUAGACAAGGACAAGGGAGGCCACUUUUCCAUCACCCCUACUGUCGAAUUCACCACGAAACAAAACUAUUUGCCGAGUUCAAAUGUAUUACAAACGAAGUUUAUGAACAAUCAUGGUGUCGUCAGCGUUACAGACUUCCUCCCCCGUCAAGCAAAUGACGAAACAACCAGACCCCUUUUGUACUGGCUCAUACGCCGUGUUGAGGUCAUCCGUGGCACCUUACCUUUGCGCGUUGAAUGCGCGCCCGCUUUCAACUACGCGCGCGAUGAGCACACUACUGAAAUCGUUCCCGACGACAGUAUCCCAGGAGGUGCCCAGAACAAGGUGACCUUCAAAUCUAAGGACCUCAGCCUUGACCUCCGUUACGUCGUGCAAAAUAUGCUCGACGGCACUAGCCUACCAGACGUCGAUCUGAAAAUCCUUGAUCUCACCUCGAAAGGCCAUCUGGGACUCUCGGCUUUUUGUGAUCUCAACCUCGAGGAAGGUCAAAGGGUCACAUUCGUUUUGAGGAUCCCUCCCGACUACACUGCGCCUGCCGCGCUAAAGCCAAGUCAACAGCGUGCUGAUGAUCUGGGGAUAUCUCUGCAAAAUCUGAAAGAGCUGAUGGCGGGCGCCUCGAAACUGAGGCCGCAGGAUGAUCCGAUUUUAACACCGAAACUUCUGGACCACGUCUUCAUCGAAACCAACAACUACUGGAACUCAUGGAUCAGACGAUCUACCUAUCAAGGGUCUUGGAAAGAAGCAGUCCAUCGCAGCGCUUUAGCUCUGAAGCUACUUAUCUUCGAGCCUACAGGUGCGGUUGUAGCAAGCCCUACGUUCAGUUUACCAGAAUACAUUGGUGGAACGCGUAACUGGGAUUAUCGUGCCUCAUGGAUCCGUGACUCUUCAUUCACACUAUAUGCCUUGAUACGUUUGGGAUUCACACAGGAAGCGAAUGCCUACAUGGAUUUCAUUUUCGAACGACUGAAGGACAAGAACCCUGAUGGUUCUUUGCAAAUCAUGUACACUAUUCACGGUGGCAAGGACCUGGAAGAAAUAGAGCUUAAUCAUCUGGAUGGUCACAAAGGAUCUAAACCUGUCAGGAUAGGGAAUGGAGCAGCCGAUCAUGUGCAAUUGGACAUUUAUGGAGAACUGAUGGAUUGUAUCUAUUUAGGUCAGAAGUUCGGGCGACCUCUGUCUUAUGAUACAUGGGUUCUCGUCAGAGAGCUUGUAGAUUUUGUAGUCGCGAAUUACCAACAGCCAGAUCUUUCCAUUUGGGAAGUUCGAGGAAAGAAACGCCAUUUUACGUACUCGAAGAUCAUGCUAUGGGUGGCUAUCGAUAGAGGUCUCAGAUUAGCGGACAAGAGGUCUCUCCCUUGCCCCAAGCGCAAUCAGUGGCUGGCCGCGAGAGAUGAUCUUUACGAAGAAAUUAUGCAUAAGGCUUGGAACCCUAAUUCACAAGUCUUCGGCCAAAGCUACGAAGAAACCGAUGUUUUGGACUCAUCCGUCCUUAUCAUGCCUCUUGUCUUCUUCAUGACACCAUGCGACCCUCGCUUUGUCAAUACACUCAAGCAAAUUCUGAAAACACCAGAAAGGGGAGGACUUACUUCAAAUAAUCUCGUGUAUCGCUAUGAUGUAAAUAAGUCUGACGACGGAGUGGGAGGUGAAGAAGGAACAUUCUGCUUAUGCACCCUAUGGUGUGUCGAAGCUCUUACGCGCGCCGGAGAAUACGAUAGAAAGUUACUGCAAAAAGCUAUAUCUAUGUUUGAGGAUUUCUUAUUGUAUUCCAACCAUGUUGGGUUGUGCACCGAAGAGAUAUCUGAAGCUGGAGAAGGUUUGGGCAAUGCUGUACAAGGUUUCACUCAUGUCACCCUCAUUUCGGCGGCAUACAAUUUGUCUAGAACGAUGGGAAAAUGAGAUUAGGAACUAAAGAGUAUUCUCUCGCGGAAUUUUUAGCCAUUUAUGCGAAUAUUUGAAAUUGAUUAUAUCAAACAUGCGAACUAUGGAAUAGAAUUCAGUUUGUAGAGCUCCCAUGAUGCCUGAAGACUACGCAAGAGUCUUGUGAU